AGUCACUGGUACCUGUCGGGGUCGGUUUUCUAUCGGUAAUCUUCAAAUAGCUAUCCUCGUUAAGCAGCGAAUUGGAAUUCUACGUUUAAAAGAGAGGAUUUAGGUUUAUAAAUUUUCCAACUUUAGACCGAUUCUGGGUAAAUUGGUGAACAAAUCGGAGAAUUUGGCGUUAGGGUUUUCUUGUAAUCGCGAUUAUGAAACCACACGAUGAUUGGGUUGAUGGAUCUUGGACUGUAGAUUGUGUUUGCGGUGUGAAUUUUGAUGAUGGUAAAGAGAUGGUGAACUGUGAUGAAUGUGGCGUUUGGGUUCACACAUGGUGCUCUCGUUAUGCUAAAGGAGAUGAUCUAUUUGCCUGUCAUAAGUGCAAGAUCAAAAACACCAAAGGGUUCAUGUUCAAGGAGGUCCCAAUUGAAGAAAGGGUUCAUGUUCAAGGAGUUCCUGGUGGAGACUUGUCUCUGUUUGAAAACUUUUCGUCUGUUUCGUCACGUCAGCUGUGGAAAUGUUCUGGUUGCGUGCCUAAGAAGUUUAGGUUUCAGUAUAGAGAGUUUGCUUGUUGGGAUGAUCAUGAGAAGGGAAAUGCAUGUGAAACUGAGGACCCAGAAGAUGGUUCUGCUCCUAUGAAUGAAGGCAGAAUAAGAAAUUUUGUUUCUACACAAAUGGAGAUGAAAUGUUUUAAGAGUGAUGAUAUAAACAAAGAGACUUAUUUUUCUAAAGAUCGGGUAAAGAAGAAGGUUAAAGUUGCGGAUAAAGAGGGAGAAGAUGAUCAUACAAAUGAUUUGGUGGGCAAAACCCUGAAAAAUGCUAUAGGAAGUAUUUGACUUGGAUGCAACAGGAGUCCUCACAACAAAAAGUUGUUAUCCAAGUUUAAGCUUUUGAAUGUUCUUGUGUCAGUGUUUAGGUUUCUUUUGAAUUUUUUUGUGUG